CGAGUAGUUUCCACAACCAAACGAUUAUAUUUCGGGCUCGACAUUCAGUGUUAUCAUCUGCUUCUGGAAUAAAAGUUCACACAGUCUGACAUCUCCAGAGUUUUGGACUUAAAAGUUAAUUUCAUAAAAUGCAAAAGUUUACAAUGCUGUCAUGGAAACUUUUUCCCAAGAGAAUGUCAAAUGCAAUGAAAGGAAUUGCGUGUCAGUGCAGGUCUUAUUCGCAGAACGAGUCCUUGAAGAAAACAUGUCUUUAUGACUACCAUGUCAAAAAUGGUGGUAAAAUGGUGCCAUUUGCUGGAUGGAGCAUGCCUGUGCAGUAUACAGAUGGAAUCUCUGAGUCUCAUAUCCAUGUGCGAUCAGCAGCCGGCCUGUUUGAUGUCUCUCACAUGCUACAGACAAAGGUUACUGGGAAAGACAGUGUGCCAUUUAUUGAGAGUCUAAUAGUGGGGGAUAUUGAAGGACUCAAAGACAACCAGGGGACCCUCUCUGUUUUUACUAAUGAGAAAGGAGGAAUUCUUGAUGAUCUGAUUGUGUCAAAAACAGAGGAGGGAUACCUGUAUGUUGUGUCCAAUGCUGGCUGUGCUGACAAAGACUAUAAAAAUAUGCAGAUUCAAGCUGAGAACUGUAGGAGGAAGGGAAUGGAGGUCAAUGUAGAGAUGAUCUGUAAUGGACUCCUGGCCCUACAAGGUCCAUCAAUGGCUCAGGUGCUACAGGAGGGAGUUGACUUUGACCUAAAUACUCUACCCUUCAUGACAAACAAGAUGACCUCAGUGUUUGGUAUUCCCGAUUGCCGAGUGACGAGGUGUGGUUAUACAGGGGAGGAUGGAGUUGAGAUAUCAGUGAGUCCUGACCGGGCAGAGGAGUUGGUGAACACUCUGACUGGGUCCUCUAAGGACAAGGUCAUGCUGAUCGGACUCGGGGCUCGAGACACUCUACGUCUAGAGGCCGGACUCUGUCUGUACGGGAGUGACAUAGACGAAACGACUACACCCGUGGAGGCUUCCUUAACAUGGACAAUAGGAAAAAGACGACGACAAGAGGCCAAUUUUCCUGGAGCUUCGAUUAUUUUAAGACAAAUUAAGGAAAAACCCGAGAGACGGAGAGUUGGUUUUCUCUCCUCAGGAGCACCUGCUAGAGGACACACCAAAGUUUAUGAUGAAUCAGGUUCAGAAUUGAUUGGUGAGUUGACUAGCGGAUGUCCAUCUCCGUCACUGAAACAAAAUGUCUCCAUGGGUUACAUAAAAAACUCUCAUGUCAAAAAUGGAACCAAGGUCAAGUUUGAGGUCAGGAAGAAAAUGCUGGAUGCUGUCGUGUCAAAAAUGCCAUUUGUUCCUUCUAACUACUUUUCUCCAAAAUAAACUGAUGUUUUGUUUGUAGUGGACUAUUAAUAAAUUUGUUUAUGGGAGUUUGUGUAUGAUUAAACUACAUGUAUGGAUUAAGCUUUAAGAAUGUUAUUGCAAAUGUUGAUUGAAAUGGGGUAUGAAAAAUUGAUGUAUUUUUGAAAGGAAAGAAAAGAAGAGUAAAUUUUUUAAGAAUCUCAUGAAAAUUCUAUAAUUUUAGAAAAUUGUAUUUUGGAUUACAAACAUACUAUUCUGGUAUACUAUUCUGUGCCAUGUUUUCUUUCAAUAGUGAAUCUCUUGAGAAUACAUCUCAGAAAUUGUGUGCCAUUCACGAGAUAUCUUAUUGCCAGUAACGUAAGUCUUUUGAUAGGAAGAGUACCAGGUCACUAUUUUGACGGUCUCUACUUUAAAGCAAAUACAUUACAUAUGUAUACUUAGAAUUUAUAUUAUUUACACAAAUACCUCCACCUUGAUUUUUUUUUUAAAAAAGAUGUCUUUCAGUUGACACUCAGUAUAAAGUAUGAAUUCAGAAAUCUCUUUUCACAGUAAAUCUGUAAAGAUUAGCUUUUUUGUAAACCAGUAUUUUUUAUUGUGUUUUUAAUAUGGUAUAUGAUUAAUCAGUUUGUAUAUUAAUUAAGUCAUGCCCAUAUUGUGGUGCAAUAAAAUAUGAAAAAUGUGAA